AUGUCUUCUCUACCAGACAGCGAGUCUAUUGAACUAGUCGACCGACCUGUGUCGCCUAUCAGCCUCGCAACCGAAGCAAGAGACGGCCCCGACUCCACCGGCACAGACUCUACUAGCACCUCGAAGCACGAAGACGUUUAUGACAACAUUCAAUCAGUGAACGACACGCUUCUAGAUCCAGGUGCUCCAUUAGAAAACACAGGUCAACGAAGGGCAUCAUUUCCGACAGGAUCCCCGGUCGAAAAGCAUGUCCUGUAUUCUCUAAUCACCAUCAUCGUCAUCGGCACCGCUGCCAUGAUAUCUACAUGCUGGUUGAUCGCCUAUAUUCAAUCCAGAUCAGAUAAGGGCUAUAUCAAGGCCGUGGUGGUGGGCGGCAAACUAUCCUCAACCCGUGCCAAGCUCAUCGACGCUGCCUUCUCCAUGCUGGUCUCGCCAGCUGUUAUCGCAAUCGCCAACUGGCACAUGUUCAAGCUCGCCCGUCUUUCGGCCGUGAAUGAACAUCGUGCACGAAACUCGGCGGUCAGCAUGAAGGUCCUUGUUGAGGUUGCGAGCACUGAUUGGGGUUCACUCAGUCCCCUGAAGUUCUGGACCUUCGCCCGGUCGAAGGCACCUCGUGUUAUCUGCCUGGGAGCUAUCGCCGUUCUGUCGGCUCUCAGUUUCUCUUUGCUAGGCAACGUAGUCGCUUAUCAACAAGCCGGAGUCGAUACACCUACACAGGUGCUCGAGUAUAUGUAG